UAGACUUAGUAUUAGCUUGUACUCUAGAAGGUGUGGCAGUAUUAUCGAGUAAACCUUUAGUAGCUUUGUUUGAAUUUAUUACAAGUAGAGAAAUGUUGGAUAGGUCUCUAGUUCUUUUGCAACUAGUAGUAGAUGCAAAAAAUACUAGCUGA